GCGAAUGGCGAGUAAUGUCUAGUUUAUUAAACACUCCAGGUUGCUAACUGCUAACAUACUACUUUUAGCUUUUAUAUAAAACAAAUGUAUGUAUGUUUUGAGGGAACCCUAGCAACCAGGCUAAGCUAAGCUAGCGGAGCGCGGGCUGUGAGACGAUGUGGGGCUGCAGGUGGAGGUCAGCGCCUCGGACAGUGAAGCUCCUGAGGCGGGUGCUGAGCGCAGCUCCGUCAGUGAGCGGAGCCAGGCGGCGCUGCUCAGGUGGAGCCCGCAGCAGGGACACGGGGAGGGCGUGGAGGAGACCCAGCGGCUUCAACACGGGGGUGCAUGUGUUCAACAGCCUGACCAAGCAGAAGGAGCCGCUCAUAGUGGCAAGAGACGGGCUAGCCACCUGGUACAGCUGCGGACCCACCGUGUACGACCAUGCUCACCUGGGCCAUGCCUGCUCAUACGUCAGGUUUGACAUCCUGCAGAGGAUCCUGUCCAGGCUGUUUGGAGUCACCGUCGUUCAUGCCAUGGUCAUCACUGACAUUGAUGACAAGAUCAUCAAAAGAAGCCUGGAGGAAAACGUGUCUACGACAGUCACAGCCAGAAUGUACGAGGAGGAGUUCAAGAAGGAUAUGAUGUCAUUGAAGGUGACUCCUCCUGCUGUGUAUUUACGAGUCACAGAGAAUGUGCAUCAUAUUGUUGGGUUUAUUGAGAGGAUCAUCAACAAUGGACACGCUUACGCCACGAAGGAUGGUGAUGUGUACUUUGACAUUGGGUCCAUUGGUGAUCGUUAUGGCAGGUUUGUGGGAGCUGUUGACACUCAAGCAGAACCGGACAGGUCAAAUAAACGAGAUCCAAGAGAUUUUGCGCUGUGGAAACCAUCCAAACCUCAAGAGCCUUUUUGGGAAUCUCCGUGGGGCAGAGGAAGACCCGGCUGGCACAUUGAGUGUUCCACAAUCGCUAGCUGUGUGUUUGGGAGUCAGCUGGACAUCCACUCUGGAGGUAUCGACCUGGCCUUUCCUCACCAUGAGAAUGAGAUCGCUCAGAGUGAAGCUUAUCAUCAGUGUGGGCAGUGGGCAAACUACUUCCUCCACUCAGGGCACCUACACGCACAGGGCAGUGCAGAGAAGAUGUCUAAAUCAUUGAAGAACUACAUCACCAUCAAGGAUUUCCUGGAGUCAUACUCUUCCAACGAAUUUAGGAUGUUUUGCCUUUUCACAAAAUACAGAUCAGGUAUUGACUACAGUGACAGCAACAUGUCUGAGGCUCGGACCUCUCUGAGAGCCAUCUCUACCUUUGUCCAUGAUGCUCAGUCUUACAUGAAGGGUCAGCUGCACUGCUCCCCUGUACAAGAAGCUGUUCUCUGGGAGAGGUUGGCUGAGACUAAAUCAAGUUUGGUAAAAGUGCUGGCAGACGACUUUGACACACCAAAGGCCAUCGGUGCCGUAAUGAACCUGGUUCAUCAGGGAAACUGCCAACUCCAGCCUGUUUCUACGUCUGAGGGAGUGACCCGCAGCCCUGCAGUGUUCGGCGCAAUCGUCAGCUACAUUCAAGAUGUUCUGGAUGUUUUUGGGAUCAGUCUGAUGCACACAAAGGAGGCUGAUGCGUUGAGCAGCAGUGGACGUCUGCAGUCUGUUGUGGAACAACUAACUAGUUUCAGAAGUGAAGUUCGAGCAUUUGCACUCACCCGCCACAGUGCUGGAAGCACCGGGUCCAACACCAAACCAGGGCUUCACCCAGACAGAAUCCCUCUCCUCAAAGCCUGCGACAACCUCAGAAAUGACCUGGCACCUUUGGGUGUUUUGAUAAAGGACAGAGGAGCCUCCUCAACGUGUGAGAUAGUGGAGGGGAAGCAGAGUGAGGAAAAGAGAGACUACAAUAAAGACCAGGAAACAUCCAGCUGAGAUCCAGCUCUACCUUUAAGACUUUAUUUAGGCUCAUGGACUUUAUCAUGAACUGAGACCUUUAAGUCUUCCACUUCAUGUUUCAGUAUUAGACUGUGUAAUAAAGAUCAUGUUAAUUAGA